UAAAGUGCAGAACGUCAGUCAACACAGAUUAAUAACACAUUUUGACAGCGUUGCCAAGAAAACACGUUGCACGAUGUUGACUUCAGUGUUCACUCCACUGGCUAGACAAGCGGUUGUGUAUUACUCGGCCAGUUUUUCCGACGUCCAAUUCUGGCUUGGAGCAGUUCUUAUUGUACUCGCGUGUGAAAUGGACCUUAUAUAUUUUCAUAUAUUAAAUGCAAUGGACAUAGAACUACAUUGAAAGUUUUGUGGUUAAAAUUGUGAUUGUGAUAUUUUCCGAUGGUGUUGGUGUGUUUUCAAAAUAGAACGGAGAUUUGUGCCAAUUUUGUGUGUGAGUUGUAAACAAAUAACAUAUGAUUUCGCGCACAUUUUUUUGGAAAUAGCUGGCUGUACUGACAGAUUUUAAUGUGCGUAGGAAAGGAAUUUGACUUUUGAAAGGAUUUUGAUAACGUUUCAAGGAUAUAUAAUUUUGAAUAAAGAAGAAAACUAAUAUAAAUUACAACGCUGACGAAUUUUAAAUUUAGAAUAAAAGAAAGUGUAUUGUAUAUCAUUGAUUGACUGGAAAAAUAUCUAAACACGAUAAAGGAAUGUCGCCGUUCCAGAUUUGAAAUUCAAAUGAAUUCUUAAAUAAUGAUUUUUUAAUUGUGACUGAUGUGUUUAUGAUGUACUGUGACGUCAUUGUACAAGAGACAAUCGUUUUGUUUUGUUCCAUUACCGAUUGAUUGAGGAAGAUUUUCAAUUAAUUAUUAAAAAUGCAUACAACUCGUCCGCUAUUCGGUUCACACUCGGACACGUCGGCUAUCAAUAUAAAGAGUAUGGUGACAGAACUCUUCACACAAAUGCGGGAGCCGUCUCCAGGCACAGCCAGCCCUCGAGGCUCCAACACUUCCCUUUCCAAUGGCGCAGUCACCAAGAACAUCGGCUUCCAACAGCAGAACAGCUCUGAACAUCUUCCAUGGAGCAGUCCUGCUAUUUCUUUGCCUGGAAACUGUAACUCCAACUUGACGAGUGAAAACCAAAAUCCAAUGGGUCGUACACUCAGCAAUGCGUCAGCGCUCACCUCGCUCUGUGCUGACCUGUCGGCUUCCGACUCGCACUUCUUUGAGGUUGCAUACAUCGGCAAGGUGAGGAUAUCGCAGCGAAAGGUCCCAGAGUCCUUAAUCGACGACGCACUAAUUAAAUUCGCUCAGCAUGAAGCUGAAAAGGCGCUGAAACAGCGUCGGCACAGCUUACUAUCUUCUACUGGGACCUCAAUAUACAGCAGCAAUGAUUCAAAAGAAAACCUAGAACAAGAUGAUAACUCACCACCAAAGGAUAUAUUUAAGAACCAUAGGAAAAUUUUAAUACCAAGUACAACCCCUUUGGAACCUGACAAAGCUUGGGCGAGCGCCGAAACGUUGAACGCUAAACAAGACCCAAAGAAAAUCGACGAAGAAUUCGACAUGUUUACUAAAGAACGCAUUGAAAAUAAUACAAGAAAACCCACUCCGUUAGAACUAAUGCUAAACGUACCGAAAAAUAAUUUAGACACCGUAAAAGAAGAAGACAAAUCGGAUAUAUUUUCCGUAAUAUCCGAAACAGCAUCUUCUAUUACGCAAUUUUGCGAAAAGUCCAAAUUGGAAGACUCGAAAAUGGACGCGAAAAGUCCAGAUUCGGUUGCAGUGAAACCAGAUUUUAGUCAGAAGGGUAGAGACGAUAGUCCAGCUCCUAUGAAUUUUCAGGAGAUUAGUAGGAAGCCGGUUACAAUUGAAAGAAAGACUUUGAAUGAGAACAAGCCGUUUUUGAGAGAUCGAUCAGCUUCCAUAGGGACGAUAAAUCAGAAGACACCUAUAACGCAGUUGAUUGGUGAACAGAAUAGGACUAUGCUGUUUCAGGUCGGCAGAUCAGAACUCCGCCUAAUAAGUCCGGAUCGAAAACAGAUAUUGUUGCACAGAGCGUUCAAAGAUGUCGCCUCGUGCGUUUUAGGGCGACUGAACAAGGAACAUUUUGGUUUCGUUUGUAGAGAAACAAAUGACACAUAUGCUUGCUAUGUUUUUAAAUGUGAGAGCGAUUCUGUGGCUUUGGAGUUGAUCAAUGCGAUAAAACAAGCGUUCGUCGCCCACGCCGACCUUUUGAAGAAGACGCGAGAGAAGUCACCGAACAUGACCUGUGAACAUUGUCCCAUGUUGUGGUACCAUCGCCUGUGUCAUGAUAUCGAGGGUAUGAACGACAAGAAGACGCACGCCUUCAUCCUCCGGCGCAUCGAACAGCUGCCUGAAGAUGAACAGGAUCUCAUCAUCACCAAGUACCAGGGUGGCACUAACCAUAUGUAUGAGACGGCUGAGCACAACGCAUUCCUAAUGAUGUUGCUCCGCGCACACUGCGAAGCGAAGCAGACGAGGCAUGUUCACGACACUGCUGAAAAUAGAUCAGAGUUCCUGAACCAGUACUUAGGUGGCAGCACUAUCUUCUCCAAAGCCAGGCGGUCUAUUUCAAGCAGUUUUGAUCUUCUCAAACGGAAGGCCAGCAGAGAUGAUGGAACUCCACCUGUUAUGAAGAAGGAGACUUCACCGCUUCCCACUCCUGUGCCAAUAGUAUUGGACUCAGCAUCAGAAACCAACCAGGACCUGCUGUCUCCAGAAGUGGUUAGAAGCAAGAGUUUGUCUCCAGCUGUUAUAGAUGAAGUAGCUCCAUCUCCCCGAUCCAACAUGACUCCCACUCCGGAGGAGAGCGAGGACACUGCAGGAGAUGCCACGCCUGUCAACUCUCCUAUGAUGGACAUUUUUCUCAAAGUAAGUGACAAUCGUCCAGCUCAAGUGGAAGCAGGCAGUGAGAAUGAAGCUACUUGGAGACAAGCCAUCUACGAGAAGAUAGUACAACCAGAGGUGCAGGUUGAAGGAGAGCUAACAGUUCUUAGGAAACCUUCAGGACCUAAAGGCAAAAGGACCAGGGAAGAACUGCGCCAGCUAUGGAAGAUGGCGAUAGACCAGACUAUACUACUGGUUAGGAUGGAAAAGGAGAAUGCUAGACUGAAAGAAAGCGAAGAAUCAUCAGCAGUUCGAAGAAUAAAGCUGGAAUAUAAUGAACUAAGUGUUUGUGAUGGAGGGGUUAGCUUAAUGUGGGACUCGCUACUGUCUCGAGACCCUUCGCAACCAAUGGCUAAGGUCGACCGGCAUAUGUUGACCCAGGCUGUGAUACAAGGAGUGCCUCGCAUGUCUCGUGGCGGAGUCUGGUACUUCCUGGCCGAGCAAGCAUGUCUCCGCGGCGCCCCGCCAGACACCAAGGCGUGUCCACAGUACCACGCGCCAUACUCCACGCUACUGGCCGGGCUCACCAAGCAUCAACACGCCAUACUUAUCGAUCUCGGCCGUACAUUCCCGAAGCAUUCGUACUUCGCAUCAGCGCUGGGUCCAGGUCAGCUCGCUCUCUACAACAUACUGAAGGCAUACUCCUUGUUGGAUCCUGACGUGGGAUACUGCCAGGGACUGAGUUUUGUAGCUGGAGUAUUACUGUUACAUAUGGAGGAAGCAGAGGCAUUCGUGUUACUGCGCCACUUGAUGUUCAGACGAGGGCUGAGGAAGCAGUAUCUGCCAGAUAUGAGCGCCUUGCAAGUACAGCUGUACCAACUAUCCCGCCUGCUCCGCGACCAUGAACCAGAUCUCCACGCGAAGCUGGAAGCGUUGGAUAUAUCUCCAGCAUUGUACGCAGCGCCGUGGAUGCUCACUCUCUUCACCAGUCAAUUUCCUUUGGGAUUCGUUGUUCGAGUUUUUGACCUAAUAUUCCUGGAGUCCCUAGACGUGGUGUUCUGUGUGUCGCUGGCGCUCCUGUCGGCCCACAAGGACGGCCUCGUGAUGUGUGAGAGCUGCGAGGAGGCGGCCGAGUAUCUCAAACACAAGUUGCCGGAUAUGGACAGACCUAUGUAUGAGAAGGUCAUGAAGAAGGUGAUAUCCCUAGACAUAAGUCGUCAACUAUGCGACUACGCUGUGGAGUACGCCGUACUGAGAGAGGAGAUGCCACGACUCGCCACACUCACUGAGGACAACCGACAACUACUGGAGGACAAAGCCAGAAUGGGGGAGGAACUUGAUGAGGCAAUGGACGCGAUAACAAAUUAUCAGAAAAACCAAGCGAAGUUAGAAGCAACAAACAAAACGUUAGAACAACAGCUGACAUUACUCUCAAGAUACAUCUCUGCUCACCACAAACAAGAAAUCCCAAUAGAAAUCAAAAAAAUCGUCCAAAAUCACAGCAAAAAAUUAUCUUUCAAAAUAUUCUCGACGAAAUUCUCAAACGACGAACAACAAGAAGAUCCGCGGAAGAACUUCAAAACGGGAAUAAGUUCGCCGAAUUUGUUCUCGAAAAUUCGCGAAGACUCGCCGAAGGAGAUAGACCACGAGCGAAAACAGUUUAUGAUGAAAAAAUCACAAUCCGUCCAUUCCGGUUUGAUAGCAAACAUGAAGAACUAUCAGCUAAAAGUUCUAGACGAAAAAGCCGAAAUUAAAACCGAAAAUAUAACGGACACAUUGAAAGAACUCGGCAAAAAGAAUACCGGGUUUUUCGCAAGCACACACGAACAGAUUCGACAAGAACGGCUUUUCGAACACCAAUUAAAAAACAAUUUCGACGAGAAUCUACGAAAAUUGGACGAAAAGUUAAAUGAAAAAUUAAACCCGUCUUCCUAUAUAGACGAUUUGAGUAUGUUUCAAAGUCGAAAGAGUAUGUCAUUGAAUUUGACUCCUAUAAAGGAUGGGAAAGUGAAUGAUAGUGGGUUCGUUACCCCAUUGAGUCCAGAAGAGAAGAAAGAAGACUCUUGUUCGACUAUUUCUCAUCCGCUCAGCGAUUGUGACGUCGAAAUUAAAUUUGAUGGACAGUCAACGAAACUAAAGCAAAUUAGGCCUAUUAAACAUGUGGAAAAGUCUUAGUAAGCAGUUCCUACUAUCGCCUGCUUCGACCAACCUCUCUUAAGUUAAAAGAAGCUAACAUAGGUGACACUUAACGACAUACUAGUAUUUAUUGACAAGGCACACCUAACAGUACAAGUAAAGAGUUAAAGUACUGUUACGCAUGCCCUAAAGGCUCACCCCCUAUUACAUGGGACUCAUAACAUGAAUAGUGAAAAGUGGGUGUUACAUUGUACAGUGGCAU